AUGUUGGAGUUGCGUUUUGGCCAACCGGUGUUAUUGCAAGUACUGAACAAAUUGCUAGUGUUGGCUCGCCUGUCGGCUUCCUCUAUCUUACCGUCUGAUCAAUCUGUCUCUCCGGGAACAGCUGAUAACGAAGAUAAAAGUGCACCGGGAAGGUCAACUGGAACUUCAGAUUGUGCGGAUGAGCUGAUAAACGCGGAUCAUCGGCUAUCGGUAUCAUCUAAUGGGCGACCCACUUCUCUGGUUGUACCACCCUGUCUUUCUGAUGAACAUCAGGCGAAUUUGAUUUUAUCCACCACCUCUUUUCGUCGCAUCAUCUCCAUGGUAACUGGGCAAGACAUACAAAAUUUUCUGGAUCAGUGGGUUCAUCACUCUGGUCAUGUGCGACUGUCAGCCAAGUUUCAUUUUAAUCGAAAACGCAAUGUGGUCGAGUUGGAAUUAAAACAGGAUCUUCAUUCGCGCGGUACUCUAAACUAUACCGGUCCGUUGACGGUGAUGCUACAGGAACUGGAUGGGGCAUUUAUGCAUACUUUCAAACUAGAAGAGGGUCGUACUUCGAGGGAUCUACCGUGUCACUCGAAAAGUCGUAAACACCGUAAGAAGAAGAUCCCCUUGGCCAACGGGGACGAGGUGGACAUGGAUUUGGGUCGUAUCGAUGCAGAAUCCCCGUUGCUCUGGUUACGUCUUGAUCCUGAUUUGGCGGUAAUCCGCACGAUUCGCGUCGAUCAACCAGAUUUUAUGUGGCAUUUGAUGCUUGCUCAUGAUCGUGAUUGUCUCGGUCAGAUGGAAGCGGUGCAGGCUCUGCGGGAUUGUCCCUCAGCUGAGACACGCCACGCUCUAGCUAGUCUUAUUGCAAAUGAUCGGGUGUUCUAUCGUGUGCGAAUGGAUGCUUGUUACGCUUUGUGUCACAUCGCAAACGAAAUGAGUGCUGUCGGAGGAGCCUCGGGUACCAAUGCUCCGUUGGGAACCAGUUCGAACACGAACGCCGCCACAUCGUGCUUGUUUCCCAUAUUUUGGCAAUUGUUUAGUUCUCCCGCUGCGCGUGGUUUGAUUCGCCAGAAUAAUUUUCAAAAUCUUCAACACUAUUUCCUUAUGCGUACCAUGAUUCGUUCGUUGGCCACAUUACGUGUUCAACAGGUGUGCCCUCGUGAAGUGUUGUCCUUUGUCACGGAUCUGUUGCGCCAAAACGACAAUUCCCGUAAUGCCUAUUCUGAUUGCUACUAUCGUGCGGAUUUGAUCAAAACAUUAAAAGACACGUUGACUCCAGCCAUUGUUGUCCGUGGGGUUAUGUCCGCAUCAUCUCUGCCCGUUGAAGCUCGUACUGUAGUUGAGGAAGUGGCGCAUCAUUUUAAUUUAGAUUCACAAAUCAUGAGUUAUCGUGGCACGGUAACUGUGGCUUGUCUUGCCGCGGUACGCCGUUUGCAGCGUCUAGGUUUUCUGCCUGUGGAUCCCGCUCUAUUCUAUCAUUACGCCUCGCCCGGAUUGUUUCAUGAUUUGCGUGUUGCUGGUCUUGAGGCACUGGUUGAUUAUAUUCGAGGUGAACGGGACCAAUGGGCAUUGGACUGGAUUUUUGAUGAAGUGAUCGAACGAGACGAAGUAACCGAGGCUUCCUAUCCGCGACUACGGUUUGAAGCAGUGCAAUUGCUCAUUCGCAUGCCCCCGUUCCAGCGAGGAGAAACUGGAAGCCGUUUAGACACACCACAGCUAGUCGAACGAUUGUGGACUUUGAUGAAUUAUGGAUGUGCUGGUGACUCUCGGCUUCGUUCCGCUGUUGCUGAUUUGUAUCAUAUUCUUUAUGGUAAUCGUCGGCCGACAUGUCUUCCUCUACCUGAAGGUGUGUUGCUAGUCCGCGUGAAAGAGGGUCGUUCGGUACUCAAGUUGUCUGAGCACAAUGCAGCCGGUGGAGACCCGUCGGGACAAGCAACCGAUCAAAGCCGCACAGAUCACCUAUCUGGCUCGGAAGUAGAAGGACGAACGCGACGAGGUAGGCGUCGAAGAAGACGAGCGCCUUUCGCGGGCAGUAUUGAUCGCGACGCAGAUCUUUUAGACGAAGAAGAUGAUGUUGCUGGGGAUGACUUUAUUGAUGAGAUGGACGAAUUUGAAGAGGAGGAAGAGGAUUAUGAAGAGGUAGAUGAAGCGGAUGCCGAUUUGUACGCCCAACGUCGACAGUUGCCAGGUUUUAUCUCCCGGGAUGAUAUGGGUCGCCCGAUGGCCGACGCUCUGUUACAUGCAGAUGAGAUUGGGGAUGGAGGUAUGUAUUUUUCAGCCAAACGGUCGUAUUCUUUUGAGCCGCUGAUGGAUGCGGCUGGUGGUACGGAGCCACCGGCCAAACGACGAACUCAACGUCUUAGUGAUGAUGAUGAUGACGAUGAUUGA